UCCAGGUGAGCGGCUCUCUGCAGGUGCAUUUUGCCCUCACGUUCCCUGCGGCUGCGCAGUGACGCAGCGUUUCCCGUCUGGUUCCGCCUCUUGUCCUUGCGAGCAGAGCGGAGCCGAACCGUCCCGCUGAACCGAACAUUCUUCACCGGAACACGGAUUCUGAUGUGAGGACGUAAGGACCGGAGCCGGGUACGGAGGGACGCAGCGGUCCAGGAGUUCCUCAGCCAGAAGCUUCACAUGGACUGAGGUCCGGAGGAGAAGAUGGAGGCGGCCGGACUCAGAAGAAGACGGAAUAUAAAAGCUCCCGUCGGCACUUUUCUGCUGCUGAUGUUUUUGUUCCUUCCAGCUUCAUGUCUGCCAGAAGAAGCCGAGAAGCAGCCGGCGUGUCCACACGGAGACUACCGGACCGACGAGGGCGUCUGCUGCAACAAAUGUUCUCCAGGGUUUAAGCUGGUGGAGGUGUGCCAUGCUGUGGGCCAGAGGAGCAACUGCACCGCCUGCCCUGCCGACCAGUUCAGUGACCAGAUGAACUUCAUGCCAAACUGCAGACGGUGUCGACGCUGCAAACUAAAGAAUGAGGAGGUAGACACACCGUGUGAGCGAUACCAGAACACCAUCUGCCGCUGUAAGAAAGGUUUCUACAAGUACAGGAUCGACUCGGAAACGUAUGAGUGCCGCAGAUGUUCCUCAUGCAGAUCAGACGAGCAGCAGAUACAGCAGUGCUCCCAGGAUCAGAACACGGUGUGUGGAUGUAAGGAGGGCUACUACAAAGGAGCCAGAGGAGUGUGCGAAGCCUGCAAGAAUUGUUCUGACGAGUGCAAACUUCACUGUACUUCGCCCCCGAUGCUCAACACCAAAGGUCAAGACAGAACCACCAAUCUGGUCCCGGUGGUUGCUGGUGUUGCUGCAGUUGCAGUCGUGAUGCUCGUUCUGGGGAUUUUCAUCACCUACAUGACAACGAAACGCUUCACCAAGAGGAAGCUGCUCAAAUCGUCGUCCCAGCUGGCCGAGGCUUCCCCCGACUCCUGCCAGGAGUCUCUGGUGUACAGCGAGGAACCUUCGGAGAACAAUGUGAAUGCUCAGCGCUACAUGACGGAGCAGGAGACGUCCAACCUGCCCGACUGUGUUCCUUUGGAGAUCCGGAUCCCUGAGCUCAUCUACUCGGUGCUGGAUCUGGUUCCAGUGCUGCAGGUGAAGCAGCUGGUCCGGUGUCUGGGUGUGAAGGACUCUGAGAUUGAGCAGGCCGAUCUGGACCACCGGUCCUGCAGGGAGGCCCACUACCAGAUGCUCCGGGUUUGGGCCGAGCGAGGCUCCCGAGCGGCCGGUGGAGGAGGAACACUGCUGCUGCCGCUGCCGUUGCUCCAGGAGCUGAUUGACAAACUGAGGCUGAUGCAUCUGGGCCGGGCCGCAGAGGAGCUGGAGAUCAAGUACUGCAUCCAGUGACCCGCUGGAGAACCAACGGAACCAAGUAGUGUUCUGAGGAGGCCUCAUACGGACUCGGUGCUAAAAGAAAGGACACCAAACUGUUGCAUUGAACUUCUGUUCAGAACUUUAUCCAAAAUAAAUGUUUAUAAGACGAUGUUCUGACCCGCGUUCUUCUGGUUCUGAGUCAGAAUGAAACCAGGAGGUUCUCCAAUGGGUUCAGAGUAAAUAUGAACCUGCAGCUGUUGGCAGGAAGUCAGGAAACCGUCUGGAGAUCAGCAGCAGUCUGGAAGUCACUGAAGAAGAUUCAACACAGAAUCACUGACGUCUGUUUAGAUCUGCAGACAUCAUCCAGAGAAAUAAUAUUCACCAUAAACUAUAACGAUUAAUCAGUUAUUCAUGACGACUAAUCAUCACCACCAAUUAAUCAAUUAAUCAUAAGAUAUAAUGAUUAAUCAGUUAAUAUAAACUAACAUUAAUCAUUUAAUCCUAAGUUAUGAUUAAUCAUAAAACAUAAUGAUUAGUCAGUUAAUCAUAAACUGCAACAAUCAAUUCAUCAAACGAUAUUUAUAAAUCAUAAACUAUAAUAAUCAUAAGCUAUAAUAAGUAAUCGAUUAAUCAUAAACUCUAAUGAUUAAUUAUGAACCGUAAUGAUUAAUCAUAAGCUACAAUGAUUCAUUGAUUAAUCAUAAACUACAAUAAUCAUAAGCUAUUAUGAUUAAUCAAUUAAUCAUAAACUAUAAGGAUUGAUAUUAUGCUAUAACGUGAUUAAUCGAUUAAUCUGCAACUAUAAAGUUAGUCGUCAACAUUUUUAAUAAUUCCAGUGAUUUCAGCUUCUUAAAUGUGGAUAUUUUCUGGUUUCCAGCUUUUUAAAUCACAUAUUUAAUAUUUUGAUGCUGUAUUUAACUGAAUUUAAAUCCGCCCACUGUUAUUGUUUCACACAUAUUUGAGAUUUUUUUUAAUUUGAAGAAUUAUGUUUAUUACGGACCGAAAAAUGAUGAAUAAUUUUUGAUCUGUUAUUUCACAUCCAUAUCAAAAAUCAAACGAUGAAAAUUUGUUCUUUAUUUAGUGUUUAACUGAAAAAAAGUCUUUAUUUUUAUUAUCCCCCGCCUCCACGAAGUGGAAAAGGGGGAUACAGGUUUGGCCUCCGUCCGUCCGACAUGAAGGGGACAGCUUUUCUCGGAAACUGUUACAGCUAGGAUUACGAAAUUGUGUGUAGCUUCACACCAUGGAGACCUUGAUCAAGUUCAAAAAUGAGACCUGUGCGAUAAUAUUUAACAGAGUUAUGGCCCUUGAUCACUAUUUUGGAUAUAGACUCAUAGACAUCACAUGUGGCGGGGGAUAUUGGUGACCAUGUCGUCUUGUUUCUGUUGUUUUCCAUCGAUUUUGUGUUUCAUUUUUUGUCAUUUUGUGUCUCGUUUUCGUCGUUUUGCGUCCUGAUUUUGCUGUUUUGGGUUUUGUUUUUGUUUUCUGUCUCAUUUUUAUCGUUUUGUGUAUCGACGUCCCUGACUAUUCGCUCGUUUUUAGUUGAAUUUUUACUUAAGGACUUCCAGACUGUGUUUCCUGCAGGUGAGCAGAACUUCCCAUCGUUCUGUUCCUGUACAGAGUUGGACUGUUGUUUUAUUUUAGAGGCUUUCUGAUGCUGGAUGACUUGUUUCAUGUCUUUAUGCUAAGCUAAGCUAACUAGUUGCAGCUGUAGCUUUAUAUUUUCUGCCAGUGAGACAGAAAAUCAACACAUUUCCAAAAAGCAGAGACUGUUUCAGGACGAUGUUGGAAAUAUGUGAUAUAUGUAUUCGACUGAUGAAUUGUAAUUUUUAGAUUUUAAUCUGUAUUAUACUUUCUUUGUAGAGUUUUAUUUGUUGUAUACUUUAUAACUGUUUUAAUAUGAAUGUUAUUCAGGUUCUCUUGGUUCCACCAGCGUCAUAAAGUUAACUGGUGAUGUUUAAAUAGUUCCUCUGCUGCUCAGGUUGUUCCGUAACAACAGAGCGGAGGGUUUGUUGGCAGCGGGCUCCAUUAGCAUUCUUUUAUGCCCCAUCAUAGCAGCAUUAUUCAUUAUCCAGGACACGCCUCGCCCAGCACAAACACUCCGGCUGAAGCACAAAACUGUUCACGUCGAGCUUCAGAACUCUAUUAAACGUUUCCUGAACUGUG